UAUCUUUCCUAUUUUCCAGAUGGUACUCGUAAAACAAUGUCAAGACGUAUGGCACUGAAGAAAAAGCCGAUGGUCUCUCCCUCUACGCAGGUAGUCUUCGUGUCAUCGGAUAAAAGCUCUAACGACAUGCUCGCCUACAUUAAGAGCGACCACGAAGACUGGCCUACGCUCCCCUAUGGCGACGGGCUGCAGUCCGCUCUCAAGGCCCGGUACAAGGUCUCCGGCAUACCGACGCUGGUCGUGCUCAAGGCGGACGGCGCACUGGUGUGCGCCAACGGCAGGCCCGACGUCCAGACCAAGAGCUGCCGGGCGUUCAAGGACUGGCUCAGUUGCAUAUGAGCGUGCAAGGAUAAUGGAGGCGAGCAGAAGCGUCGCGUCAAAUAAAUGCCCUGGCUUCUGUUAUUGAUAGAAUUUGAGCGAAUCGGC